AUGGAGGUGGCAGCAGAGCAACGGUCUUAUCCUCCACCCACAUCACAAAAGCUGCAAGUAGGUGCUGAAGGAGCUAUCGCUGAGAUCGAUAGGCGAGAUGUCUUUCCCGCCUACCUCAAGGGCAAGCGAGUCCUCCUCGCAACCGAAUCCUUGGGCCCUGUGAAUGGAGUCAGUCGAACUACCCUCAUGCUGAUCGAAUACCUACGCAAAAAUGGUGUUCAGCUGGCCAUUGUCGCUCCUCAUUCUCGACAGUCGCGCCUCAAACCAGCUACCGGUGCAAAUCUCACUGAAUUUCGGCUGCCCGGUUACGAACUGCCGUACAAUCCUGACUUGACCGUGGUGUACCCAUUCCAACUCGACGACGUCUACAAACACACCUUCAAGCCCGAUAUUGUAUAUCUGGCCAGUCCUGCUUCUACUGGAUUUCAAAUGCUGUUUCAGAUCCGCCAGCUGCAAGAUCCCCCGGUCGUCCUCCUCAACUUCCAAACAGAUCUGUCGGCAUACAGCGAGAUCCUUUUCCCUGGCCCAGUGGCUCGCUUUUCCGUCUGGCUAUUGGGUGUGGUUCAAGGAUUUUUGUUCAAUCAUCGUACAGUUCACACCAUCUUCUACCCUUCCUCCGGUGUUCGCAGUUACCUUGAGAAAGCAGGUGCUCCGAGCAACAAGAUGGUCCGACUGGGCCGAGGCGUCGACACCACUUUGUUCAACCCGUCUCAGCGAGACCAGGCAUAUCGCAAGGAGUUGGCACCCAAUGGAGAAGUUAUCUUAGUCUGCGUCUGUCGCUUGGCCCCCGAAAAGGGCUUCGAAUUUCUCGCGCAGGUCGCUAUGCGACUCGCACAAGAAGGCUUUCCAUUCAAGUUGCUCAUAGUAGGUGGAAACAUGAGCGCUGAAGUUGAGGACCAGGUCCAUCGUCUCUUCGACUGCGUAUCAGAGCACGUCGUCUUCACCGGGUUUCGCACCGGGGUCGACCUCGCUCGUGCCUACGCCAGCGGCGACAUCUUCCUACACUGCUCUAUCACAGAGACAUUCGGACUGGUUGUUUUGGAAGCCAUGGCGAGUGGACUCCCAGUAAUCGCCCGUGAUGAAGGCGGGCCGUCUGAUAUCGUCCAAAACCAAGAAACCGGUUAUCUAGUUCCUCCUCACGAUCUGGAACAGUACAUUACUCUUGUCAAGCGUCUCUCCACCGACGAGAAUCUUCGUACGACCAUGGCUAUUGCCGCGCGAAGAUAUACUUGCGACGUUACCUGGGAAAAGAUUAACAGGCGAGUGGCCUGGCACAUGGUCGAAGGUUUACAACAACAUCUCCAACGAAAGCAUCGAAGACCAAUCAGAAACUUUAUUGUCGCCAGGUACCACGGGAUACGGGAUGGUGUGGUCAUCCCUGUUGUCGUCAGAUUCCGACUAUACUUGGCAGCAAUGAUCGUCUAUCUAAUUUGGAUGAUGACUGCCGUUGUACUUCUCCUCUACGGCCACAGAGUAUUUUCACGAGCGGCGCAGCUUUUGCGCAAUCCACCACUCGUUCUGCAACGCAUCCAAUAUCGCGCCCUCAAACAAGGGAUCCAGGAGACACUGAAGAGCCUGAGCACCGAGUGA